CUCUCUCUCUCUCUCAAUUCGGAACCUUAACGUAAUACUCUGACAUUUAGACCAGAAAUCGGUAUCGCUAAAUCCCGUGAUCCAGAAGGCACAGCAAAAGAUGAAGACGCAAGAAUUGGAAGCGGCGAGGAGGAAGUUGGUCGUCAUCGGAGGAGGCGUUGCUGGUUCCACCCUCGCUAGAUCCCUCCAAUUCCACGCCGAUGUCACUCUUAUUGACGCGAAGGAGUAUUUUGAGAUUCCAUGGGCAAGCUUGAGGGCAAUGGUGGAGCCAUCGUUUGCAAAAAGGUCAGUGAUCAACCAUAGAGAAUACCUCACCAAUGGCCGUAUUGUUGCAUCCAGUGCAGUCAAUAUCACUGAAACUGAAGUGUUGACUGCAGACGGCCAGCUGAUUCCCUAUGAUUUUCUCGUCAUUGCCACUGGCCAUUCUUAUCCUGUUCCGGAAUCUAGGACUGAUAGACUCAAUCAAUUCAAAGCAGAAAAUCAAAAGAUAAAUUCAGCUGGUUCCAUUUUAAUUGUUGGAGGUGGCCCCACUGGUGUUGAACUUGCUGGAGAAAUUGCUGUUGAUUUCCCAGAUAAGAAGGUUACUCUGGUGCAUAAUGGAUCAAGGUUGCUGGAAUUCAUUGGACCAAAAGCUGCUAACAAGACUCUGCAUUGGUUGAAAUCAAAGCAAGUUGAAGUGAAAUUGGAGCAAAGAGUGAAUUUGGACUCUGUUUCAGAGGAAAGAAAAACUUAUGAAACUUCAGAAGGAGAAAUUAUCAGUGCAGAUUGCCAUUUUCUGUGCACAGGGACACCACUUGGUUCAGUAUGGCUUAAGGAAACUAUGUUGAAGAAUAACAUAGAUAGUCGUGGAAGGUUGAUGGUUGAUGAGAAUUUGAGAGUCAAGGGUCGAAAGAACAUAUUUGCGAUUGGAGAUAUUACUGAUAUUCCGGAAAUCAAACAAGGCUUUUUGGCGCAUAAACAUGCUCAUGUGGCUGCGAAGAACUUGAAGCUAUUGAUGGCGGGAGGAAAAGAAAGCAAAAUGGCAACUUAUAAGCCUGGUUCAACAAUUGCACUUGUUUCGCUUGGAAGGAAAGACGGGGUGGCGCAGUUCCCAUUCACGACGAUCAUAGGAAGAGUCCCUGGCUGGAUCAAGUCUGGGGAUCUGUUUGUGGGAAAAACAAGAAAGGAAAUGGGUCUAGAUCCUCAUGUUGCACAUGAUUGAAGUUCAAUGAGUGUGUGAAUGGCUUUGUAUUUUAUACAUGCAAAACAAGAACCUCUUUUGUUGAACAUGAUUAUGUUCAAAGAGUGUGAUGGUGUGAAUUAAAUUUAGGACUCAAAAUUAUUGCUUAAAAAAAAAAAAAAAAAAUUGAAUCUCUCAGCCAAAAUGCGGAGCCUUUAUUUUAUUUUAUUUUAUUUAUUUAUUUUUAUUUGUAUUCUUGUUGCUACAAGACUUCGAAUAUAAUUUUUGACAUAUUGAUACUGGGCUGCCAAGCUCGUGAUUAGGUUUG